CUAGGCAUUAAAUUUCUAAGUUUGCAUUAUAAGCGCGACAAUAAAAUCAAAUUCGUUUUAAAUAAAUUACAACCUAAAGUCAAUCGUAAAAUGAACGUGAGUGUAAAGAAAUUUCUCAUUGCUGCAUUCGUGGCUUUCUAUUUAUGUUGUGAAAGUUCAGCAGCAGCGAUUGGAGCGGAAGAAGUACAAACUGGAGGAGAAGCAACGAUAGAAGGAGAAGAAUUAGCAGUAACUGGAGGAGAGGCAACGAUUGAAGGAGCAGAACCAGCAGUAAUUGGAGGAGAAGCAACAGGAGAGGGAACGCCAGAAUCUGAAGCAGAAACACCACUUGCAGCCGAAGCCGCCAUCUUCAAAUGUGGUAAUUUGGAUUAUCCAAAUGGAAUUGUCUGUGAGAUAAAAGAAAUUCCGAGCGACGAUGAAAAGACAAUUACGAAAACUACUAGAUGCUUAGAUGCUGAUGGCAAUGUUUUGGGUGAAGAAACCACAACUGAGGAUGUAGCGGAAGGCGAAAUUCCGUUUAUGAGCUUCAGCAAGAAGGUAGUAAAGACAGGUAAAAAUGGCGCGUUCUUUGGCAGUAGCUUCGCAGGAUCGUAUAGUCACGGAAAUGUUGGACCGAUUUUGCAUGGAAAUGCAGGAGAGGAUGUGGAGGAAAGUUUUACUGAUUUCGAUUUUGGCGGUGAAAAGGGCAACAUUGGAUCUGUUUUUGAUGACAUAAUGUCGGCACAACGUAGAAUAAUUACGAGUACCACACAAGGUAUAAGCGACAUGAUGAAAACAAUAUUUGGAAAACGUUGGUGGUAAAUUGUUUACUUGGAAAAGAUGUUUUUUCAUACAGUGACUCGAUGUCAACAUCAUCAGGUUUUUCAAUGAUUGUUUUAUGUCUUGUUUUGUGUAAAGAGUAAUAAAACUGAUGAUAAAGCUUACGGAU